GACCGCAGUUACAGGAAUCCCACUCUGGCAUGCCGCCACUACACGGCGGCACGCCAAGUCAGCAGGUUUGUCCUGCCUUCCGCCGAGUCGUUCUCCGCAGAGAGCUGCCAGGUGUGCGCCGUCAAGUCGCCGAGGCUCCUUGGCUUGCUCUGCGGACCGCCACGCGAAGGACGACUUUACUGCGAUGAAAGCCGAGACAAUAUGGGCGAGUCGGCGUGGAGUGGGAUGGCGGGCAGCAGCGCACGUCGGAGCAGGCAAGGCGCAUGGCCCGAGUGCAACGCCUCGCAUCGUCCGAUGCUGCCGUCAGCCAUGUCCUUCCACGUCGCUCGCUCGCCUCGCAAACUGACGAGUGGCGCUGCGGGGCGGCCUCGAGCGCGCCUUGCUGUGGAGCCCGCCGCGCCGCGCCGGCUGCUGCCACGCGGGAUUCCGGCGCGCUCCUCGCACCCGGACUCGCCUCUCGGGCUCGGCGCGCUGGGCAGAGCAGAGAGGCGCAAGUGCGCUGGGUGCAGGCUGUUGAGAGCCCCUCGAUGCGACCUUGACGGCAUGCAUCUCCCACCAUAGCGGCUCUUUGCACGCAUUCCGCCUCACGCGGCCGAACGUUACGGCGUGAUUCCCGCGAUGCCGCUCAGACGACUCACCGUAGAAUUUCUCCCUAUCGGCUUGAAAUUUCCGCAGCGUAUCGCAGUCUCUGCUCCACCACGCGGCGAGACUUGCAUCGUGAUAACGUCUCGCGAUCCCUCCACCACCUCCCUCCACCGCCUCCCUCCACUGCCUCCCUCCGCCGCCUCCCUCUACCGCCUCCCUCCGCCGCCUCCCUCUGCCGCCUCCCUCUGCCGCCUCCCUCCGCCGCGUCCCUCUGCCGCCUCCCUCCGCCGCCUCCCUCCGCCGCCUCCCUCUGCCGCCUCCCUCCACCGCCUCUCUCCUCCUGAGCCUCCUCUUGUCCCGACAUGGCUGCCGUGCCACCCAGGGCGCUCGACCCGGCGAAGGUGCUUCGUGAGGGGCUGACGAGAGGGGACGUCGGUCCUGGCGGGCUGGCAGCACACGAAGGGGUGGAAGCGCUGCUCUCAGCAGCUCGCAUGCGCCAGGCGGCGGGCGCCGUGACAGUGGCGGAACUUCCGGGGCUGCCGGGGCGGACGGCGGCGGUGCGUGCAGCGUAUGGGGCGAGCAGCACUGAUGGCGCUGCCGCCAACACUCCCGCCGCGCCACCCUCGGAAGUGACGGCAGCCUCGGAGGGCGCAGCAGCGCGUGCGCUGGACGCGGAGGAGUUCUGCACGCAGGGGCAGCGCAUGGUGGAGUUCAUCGUGCAGUACCUGGAGCACGUGGAGGACAUACCCGUGCGCAGCACCGUGCAGGUGCGCUUUGAGGCGCGGGAGGCGCUUCACCAGUGGCAUUGGCAUCACGGUAGCAGCGUCGAAGGGAGGUUACCAGUGUGCAGGGGCACCGUAUGGUGGAAAUCAUCGCUGGUUCGGCUAUCUGCGCCAUCUGCUGCCGCCCUUUGCGCCCGAAUAAGGCGAGCCACUGGAAGCCAUCCUUGCAGGUCAGGCCCCCUCGCCGCCCAUCCAUACAUUUCCACAGCAAUAGUCCCCGGGCUGACCCACUGGCAGAGCCCGGCCUUCUUCGCCUUCUUCUGCUCGCCCACCAGCGCCGCCUCUAUCUGCGCCCACGCCCUCAUCAGCGCGCUCAACGUCGUCGGCUUCUCGUGGAUCGCUGCUCCUGCCGCUACCGAGCUUGAGACGCUUGUGCUGGACUGGCUGGCGACCCUGCUGGGGCUGCCGGACGGCUUCCAUUCUGUUAAGUCAGGUGGCAAUGGAGGAGGGGUGAUUUACGCCACGGCCAGUGAGGCGGGGCUGGUGGCGCUGCUGGCGGCCAGGAGGUGGGCGCUGGACUGCGUGGCAGGGGAGGGGGGGCUUGCAGCUCGCCUUAGCGAGGCAGAGAGCAGGCUAUUAUCGAGUACCGUGGAGGCUUGGGAUGGCAGGCAGGGUGGCCAUGGGAGAAGGGCGAGGAGCAAGGAAGGGCGGUUGAUGGUUGGGGCUGGGCCUCCUGUGAUUUACGCCGCUGCCGGUGCUGCUCCUGCAAGCAGUGCGGCAGGUGCCUCUGCAGUCGGCACAGCUGAGAGGGGUGAGUCUGCCAGCAGCGGUGUCCAUUUCCCGUGGCUCAGUGCAUGGAGCGUGGCACGGCUGUGGCUGGUGGCGUACGUGUCAGACCAGACCCAUGCAUGUGUGCACAAGGCGUGCCUCACUGCCGGCCUACCGGAGGGCAACGUGCGUGUGCUGCCCAUCACGGCCGCCUCCGCGUAUGCCAUCACGCCUGAGGUGCUGCUGGGGGCGAUGGAGAGGGACGAGGCUGCUGGGCUGAUCCCCUUCUUCCUCACCCUCACUGUUGGCACCACGUCAUCCACCACUUUUGAUCCAAUCGCCCCUCUGGCUGCCAUCGCCAAGGCGCAUGGCAUGUGGGUGCAUGUGGACGCGGCAUAUGCGGGCAUGGCGUGCAUGUGCCCUGAGAUGCGGUACCAUCUGGAUGGCGUGCAUCUGGUGGACUCGCUAGCGUCCAACGCACACAAGUGGCUGCUCACCAGCUUCGACUGCUGCUGCUUCUGGACCCAGGCCUCUGGUGGAGGCACUCUUGACUCCGCCGGAGUAUUUGUGGAACAAGCCAUUGGAGGCGCACCAGGUGGUGGACUACAAGGACUGGGAGAUCCCCAUCGGCCGCCGCUUCAGGUCGCUCAAGCUGUGGAUGGUUCUGCGGUCAUACGGGGCGGAGGGCAUUCGAGUGUACGUCAGGCGCCACAUGGCGCUUGCUCAGUGGUUUGAGGAGGCCGUGCGGCAAGAUGAGCUCUUUCAACGGAUGGUCCCGCGCCCCUUUGCCCUCGUGUGCUUCCGUUUCAAGCCGCCGCCAGCAAGCAGUGAGGUGGGGGGUGGAGAGGCAGGCGAAGGGGCGGUGGGAGAUGGCGGGGCAAAGGAUGGGGGGGAGGGAGCUGAACGCCACGCUGCUGGAGGCAAUCAACAGCAGCGGCAAGGCCUACCUCACACACACUGUGAGUGCUGCAGCACACUGCUACGGUACACUUGUCAUUUGCACACCUCAACCUCACCACUGCCGCCCUUAACCCCCAUGAAGGUGCUAUCAGGGCAGUACGUGCUGCGCAUGGCCAUAGGGGCGGUGACGACAGAGAUGAGGCACGUGCAGGCCGCAUGGGAGCUUAUCCAAAUGGAAGCUUCCAGGCUGCUGCAGGAGGUCGACUCCUACUCAAAAUAAGAUUUGAUAAAUGCAUCUGGAGGAUGAGCAGAUCGCAUUGGUGAACCAGCAUACUGUAGAAGGAAAGUAGUAUAUGAAUGCCUAUUGUAUGUACCAUAAUCCCCCCGACAUAUGCAUGUAUGCCCAGAAUGAAGCCCAUGCCUUGUGUUAGAAAGCUGUUGCUACUACAACAAAUGGUGCUACAUUAUCAGUGAAAGAAUUUGAAAGAUUGAUUUCUCCGCUCCACUCGGCACGCUUAUCCACAAGGCGACGGGCGUCCUCUGGCAAGUGCGUGAGACCAGGGAAGCUAUGAAUGGCAAGGCAGUGGAGGGAAGGGCAGUGAGCAAGGCUGGCGGGAAGCUCCUCCUUCAGCGCGCGCGGCGCUGCUCCUUCAGCGAGCUGCACCAAGGUUUGGGGCAGCCCGCGGAGCGAAGCCAUCUAGCUUUGACCGAUUGACCUCAGGGGACUCUUGAGAAAUUCCAACUGCUAUUGACCCAAGUAUUCUAGUGCAGACAGGUGUUUCAUGGUUACCGGCACAGCAAAGCCGUGGCUGGAACCAUAAAAUUUAAGGCAACGAAGAAGAGAGAGUUGGGGGAGAUAGGAGGGCAGGCGACUGAAUUCUAUAGAAUCCAGAUCCAGCGAUUCCAGAUAGCUCAAAUCCCCCAAGUGUG